CUGUGGUCUCCUUGCGUUGAGCCCUACAGGCUCCCAGCGCUGCCAGCAGCACCAGCGCCGCCCCGGCCCAGCACCUCCGGGCGCCCCGCACGCGGCUGGUCCCCAUGGCUGCUCAGAGGAGGCUGGAAAGGCGUCGGGACCCCGCGCGAGCCCAGUUCUGCCAGCUCGGGGCAUCGACCCGGGCCCUGCCCAAGCGGCAGCGGCUGGGGAGUCCCCGGCGGGGGGCCAGUGAGCGGCGGAGCUGAGCAGCAUCACGCGUCACCAGGCAGAGCCGGGCCCCGCCGGGCUCCCGCCGACACUUGUCCCCGGCGCCAGAGCAAAGGGCUCUCGCAACAGCCCCGGUGACGGAGGGGCGCCGGGGCCAGCCAGCGCGGCAAGGGCUGCCUGCCCCACGGCUGCCCCCCGCACCUCCACCCCCCUCGGAGCCCUCGUGAGGGGUGCUGGGGCAUGGGGGGGGACAGCACUCCCCUGCAGGGCCCUGUUGGGGUGUCCAUCCGUCUGUCUGCUCUGCAGGUGCUCCGGGCUGCCGCUCUGCCUGGGAACAGGCGAGUCAGCAUGGGGGCUCCCUCCUAUUGGCUGAGUGCUGGCAGGGUAGGGGGGGCCGUCCGCAGGCCAUGAGCUCCCCCUCCCCACAGGCCCGGGGCUGCCCGUCCCCAAGAGUGACGCCUGCCCCUCGCCGGGUACCGCUCUCGCUGCCCGGUGCCAGGAGAGGCCAUGGCCGGACGAGAGGCGUCUCGCUGGCCGUGCUGGUCCUGCUGGCCCUGCACAGCUCGGGGGCCGUGAAAGUGGGGAACAUGCUGCUCCAGGCUGAGUUCUACCAGCGGGCCGAGACGCUGCAGGAGGAGGCCGGGCAGUUCAUGUUCGACUUCGACGGGGACGAGCUCUUCCACGUGGACCUGCAGAAGACGGAGACCAUCUGGCGGCUGCCCGAGUUCGGGACGUUCGCCACCUUCGAGGCGCAGGGAGCCCUGCAGAACAUGGCUGUAGACAAGGGCAACAUGGAGAUCAUGAUGAAGAGGACAAACCGCUCUCAGGGAACCAUUGAACCUCCUGAGGUGACGGUCUUCUCAGAGGACCCCGUGGAGCUGGGAGACCCCAACGUGCUCAUCUGCUACGUGGACAAGUUCUGGCCACCCUUGAUCACCAUCAAGUGGCUGAAGAAUGGGCAGGUGGUGACGACCGGCGUCGUCGAGACCAUCUUCUACCCCCGGGAGGACAACGCCUUCCGCAAGUUCUCCUACCUGCCCUUCAUCCCCACCCGGGGCGAUUACUAUGAUUGCCAGGUGGAGCACUGGGGGCUGCCCAAGGCUGUCCUGAAGCACUGGGAGCCCCAGGUGCCCCUGCCCGUGUCCGAGAGCACCGAGACGCUGGUGUGCGCCCUGGGCCUGGCCGUCGGCAUCGUGGGCAUCAUCGUGGGCACCGUCCUCAUCAUCAAGGCCAUGAAGAUGAACAGCGCCCGCACGCGCGGGGUCCCUAGUGAGCAGGCAGAGCCUGGGGCGCCCUGCUGCCCCCCCCUGCAGCUGGACCCAUGUUGCCCCACAUUGCCACCCUCCCCCCCAGCAGCACCUCCCUCGCCAACCCGACAAGAGACCGCUCCAGAGCUCAACCCCGGUGCCGACCUGUCCCCGCACUUCGGGCCGCUCCAACUCGCUCCCUCGGGCUGGGGGGUGGGGGAGUGGGGAUUGCUGCAGAGCCCCAGGGUGUGUGUGUGGGCGGGGGUCUGGACAGGGCCCGGCCCCCCCCCACCCUCACCCCCCACAGCCCUUUCCAGAUGGGGACACGGCGUCUCCUCCCAGCCCAGAUGCAGGGGUCUCCCCUGCAGACCCCUGAUGGGACGGGAGGUGUCUCCUGCCCCACAACCCCCGCCCGCAACACACACACACGCACACACGCGUGCGCACGCGUGCGCGCAAUCCCGCACCCGCCGCGCCUGCUCUGCCGCUUCGUGAUUCCAAUAAAGCAGGUUGGGGUUGACCCUGC